GACUUUGUUUUAUACUAUGUAGUGAUGAUGCCAAGUACAGUGCCAUCUAGUGUAGCGAGUUAAAAUAAAUAGACGCUUAAGUUAACUUGCACUUGGGGAUGCCCCUUCGGCAGGAGCGAGAAACUAACGUUACCAUUUAUUCAAUGACGUCCAUUGCCCGUGAAUAAAACUGACUCAUACACAUUAGACAUCAUCGAUAAAAUUCGUUUUGUUUUUGUGACACCUGUUAAACGAUGAUUCACUCUGAUAAACGUUAUCACUGAUAUAGAUACUAUUCAACAGCACUUUGUCUGCUUUGGCACCGCGUACAUUGUUUUCGAGUUUAAAGGUUUAUUGUUUUUUUUUCUUUCUUUACUAUACAAACUUUUUUGUACAGUUUUGUGUAGUGUGAUGUUAGUAAGUAAAGGUGAUAUUAUUCUGGUGUGAGAAUGGUAAAUAAAUGAAAACUGAUGGGGGCGGUACCAUAACCAUCUUUGGGAUUUAGUACAAGGUAGCAGAGAAUACUGCCAACGGAAAAUAGAAUCUAUUAGGAGGUAUCAUAAGUACUACCUAACAUUUUGAGUCUGGUUUGCCACGGUUGAAGGCUGCUGACCUUGACGCGAAAACGUUCCACCGAUCAACUAUCAAAAAAAAACUGGACGGAGCACAAUAGCCGACGCUACCUACGUAACUCGUAUAUUUGUUGUCGAAAACACAUAAUGGCAGUUGAUAGUCAUGAAAGAAAUAGUGACGAUGAGUAUGAGACUAGUGAAUCCUCAAAUAUAAUCGAACCACCUCCUCGGAAACCAUCCCAGAUUAAAAUAGAAGUGCCUUUAUUUUUAACGUUAAUGGGACUUGCUCUUUCAGGUACUGCUGUCAACAACAUUGUGUUGUAUCGCAUUUGCGUGCAUUCCCUCGACUACAGUAAAGAUGUCUGUAGAGGAUUUUUAUCGCCAGACAAUACAAAUGACACACAUGAGAUAGAGGAGGAAGUGCAGAAAUAUGCAACAUUUUUCCAAAUGGUGUCGUCUAUACAGGCGAUCUUUCCUGCCGUCCUGUCCCUCUUCAUUGGUGCGUGGUCGGACGCUCAUGGCCGAAAACCCUUAAUUGUAUGGCCAUUGUUUGGUGUAACGAUGACAGGAAUGUUGAUAACUGUGUACAGCAUGCUGGAUGGCCUUGGUCCGUGGUGGUACAUAUUCGCAGUGCUUCCAUUUUCAGUCACUGGAGGAUACACUGUGUUGAUAACCGGCUCAUAUUGCUAUAUCAGUGAUACAACAACUACCGAUAAGAGAUCGAUUAAAAUAUUUAUGGUGGAAGGGGCAGUUGCUGUGGGGAACAUCGCAGGUUCCAUGUUAAGUGCACAUCUCCUCAGAUUAAUAGGGAAUACCUACUUGCUUCUCAUCGUAACAGCUUUGUACGUUACAGCUUACUCUUCCACCAAUAUCUUUCUAUACGAGUCUUUGACUAGUGCAGAGCCACCGCAGGGAGGACUAAGAUCAAUCAUAGAUAUUGGACUAAUAAAAAAGAUGGUGACUGAUUGCCUCAAGCAACGCCCAAAUCACGGGAGAGCAAAGAUUUUCCUAGUCACAUUAGCAAAUACCUUUACUAUGUUUAUCGUAUAUGGGUCCUUGGGCUUAGAAUACUUGUAUAUGAGGCAGAAACUGGAUUGGGCGCUGAGCAAUUAUACGACUUUCUCAGGCGUCAAUACGGCGGUGUCAUUUAUAGGAUCAAUUCUGGCAAUGACAGUUUUUCAACGUGUGUUGGGUUUGCGUGAUGUGCCUUUAGCUCUAGCGUCGUACAGUUUUUCGGUGGUUGAUUGCUUGAUCAAAGCAUUUGCAGCGACUACCUGGCAAAUGUAUGUCACUGCGGUGUUUUUCUUCAAAGCUUUGUCGGGUCCACUGAUGAGAUCGUUCCUAACAAAAAUGUUGCCUGCAGAGGACUUGGCGAAGGUGUUAGCGCUGCUUUGCACAAUGGAGUCAGUCUUGUGUCCGAUUGUAGCGCCUCUGAUAUAUAAUACGCUCUAUAAUUUUACAAUUCAUGAUUUCCCGGGCGCUUUCUAUUUAUUGAGUGCCUCCAUUAACGCCGUGUGCGUUGUUAUGAUUGGGUUCGUCAUGCAUUACGGAGCGGAUCCUACACCAUACCAACAAUUACCAGCCACAUUAUAAAAGAGAUAAUCCUAAAAGCUACUAACGGUAUUUGUAUUUCUAAAUAAAUGGAUAAUUGUUUUUUUUCGGACAUGUUAUGGCAAAUUAUGUUCAAAAUACAAGUCAGAGACUUGUAUUUUGAACAUUGCUUAUUUUUUCCGAAAAGGGGUUGAAUACAGUGUGCGUGUGGAUUGAGUGAGCACCUUCCGAAAAUAAUAAAAAAUAUGCUGAUCAUUUAGUAAAAGUUCUAAAACAAUUGUAAAACGAAUCUCUGAAUUUGUAAAAAGAUAAAUCAAAA